UAAAGCAGGACAACGACGGAAGGAGGACGGCUGGGGAGUCGCAGCCCGGGAUUGUAAAUAAGACCGCUAAAACUGUGUUUUAUUUACAAAAGUGAUGCCGGCUGUUUUAAAAUAUCGUACCCAGUUGUUUUAAGUCGUUUUUCGUAAUUUUUGGCUCUGUUUCUCGCCUAUUUCCGUGUGGUUUUUACACUACGCGUAUAAUGGCGAGCUCGGCUAACUCGAACCCAGUGCCUAAACUAUAUAAGUCUGUGAUUGAGGAUGUGAUCAACGAGGUGCGGGAGCUGUUCCUGGACGAGGGGGUGGAUGAGCAAGUGCUUCUGGAGCUGAAAACGCUGUGGGAAAACAAACUGUUGCAGUCGAAGGCAGUGGAGGGCUUCCAUACUGAGGAGCAGGCAGCCCUGCAGGCCGCGCAGCAGCAGCAGCAGCAGCAACAGCAACAGCAGCAGCAGGUUCAGCAGGUCCAACAAGUCCAGCAGGUGACCCAGCCAGCACAGACCCAGCAAGUGAUCCUGCCCCCUCAGCAGCAGCAAGCUCCCCAGCAGCAAGUCAUUGUUCAGGACUCCAAGAUUCUACAGCACAUGAGUGCAACAGGGAUGAGUGCAGCAGCUACUGCAGCAACCCUUGCUUUGCCUACAGGGGUCACCCCAUACCAACAGCUCAUCACCAGCCAAGGUCAGAUCCUGCAGGUGGUCCGUGCUCCCAAUGGGGCUCAGUACAUCAUCCAGCAGCCCCAGCAGCAGAUCCUCCUGCAGCAGCAGAUGCAGCCCGGCGGCGUGCAGGCACCGGUCAUACAGCAGGUCCUGGCUCCCCUGCAGGGAGGCCUGCCCCAGCAAACAGGCGUCAUCAUCCAGCCGCAGCAGAUUGUCUUAGCUUCAGGAAACAAAGUCCAAGGCAAUACACAGGUGAUGCAGGCAGCAGCUAUGGCGGCGCAGCCUGGUCAGGCAGCAACAGCUCAGGUCCAGCAGGUUCAGCAGGCCCAGGGUGCAGCUGCACCACAGGCCCAACCACAGCAGCAAGCCCAGCCCCAGGCUCAGCCCCAGCCUCAGGCCCAGCAGCCCCCUAUGAUGCUGCAGGUGGACGGCACCGGCGACACCUCCUCAGAAGAGGACGAGGAUGAGGAGGAGGAGUAUGAUGAAGAUGAUGAUGAGGAGAAGGACAAGGAUGGGGGAGAGGAUGGGCAGGUGGAAGAGGAGCCACUGAACAGUGGGGAUGAUGUCAGUGAUGAGGAGGACCAGGAGCUGUUUGAUACAGAGAAUGUAGUGGUGUGCCAGUACGACAAGAUUCACAGAAGUAAGAACAAAUGGAAAUUCCACCUGAAGGACGGGAUUAUGAAUCUGAAUGGGAGAGACUAUGUCUUCUCCAAAGCCAUUGGGGAUGCCGAAUGGUGAAGUAGAGAAAAACACCAGACAAAGCAACAGGAGCAGGAACUCUGUAACUCCUUCUAUCCAGUUAACAGACACUUCAAUAUCCUUCCAUAUCCUGUGACUGGAUUCGUUUCAGGAAACAACUUCGGAGUCUUUGAGAACUCUGACAAACCCAAAGGACUGUGAGGUACCGUAAAACCUGGGUGUCGUCAUAAACACUCGACUAGCCUUGCGAGAUGAGAAACCUACAGGGGAAGGGAAAGCCUGUGAACAGAGCGUUCUUGAUCUUUUUUUGCUUCUUCCAGGCUUCUCUACCUUUUUGUUCCUGAGAAAAUUCACACACAUUGGAAAGCAUUUCACAUCGUACAGGUGUAGUGGACCAGGGUGACCUGACCUGCCCCGUCACAGGAGGUCAGAGGUCAUUCAUUAUAACCCCGUAGAUGAGAAACUCCUUCAUGAUGCACUGUAGUCGGUUGACUGGAUUGACUCGUGUCUACAUUUAAGUCCAAACUUAGUGCCACCAGUCAAGAUUGCUGCCUUUAGAACGGCCAGAAUCACCUUUUGGCUUCUAAUUUUUGUUCUUGGAUCGUAAUUCUGUCUCAAUUCAUGUUUAUGAAAAUGGUGCUCCAGAGUGUUUUAUGUAGUUAACAACCUGUUAUUGUUUUAAACAUUUUUUAAAAUGUAUUUGAUGAUGGGUUAAGGCAAAGAAGGUAAAAAAAAUCACACAAAUCCUAAAAUAACUAAUAGUUAUAGCAAAAUUUAAAGGCAUUUUUUUAAUCUUCUAAGGAGUGUUUAAUCCAAAAAUACAGUUAUUUUCGGCUUCUCUGGAGCUUCAUUCCAUAUUUUGUCCCAAAACAUAACAAAAAAAGAGAGCAGAUCCAACACUGAAUUCAUUUAAAAAUUGUACAAAAUGUCUGAAAGUUUGUCCUAUUGGUGUAUCUUCUUUGCUCUUAUUUUAGUUCUCUGCAGCCGUCUGAAAAUUUGCACUGUCAGUUUAUCAAUGUGUUGUGAAAUCAGUCAGUCAAGUUAAUCAAUAGCCACAGCGUGCUCUGUUCUCUGUGUGUGUGUGUGUGAGUGUGUGUGUGUUUGAGAGGGAGACAGUGGCUGACUGUAUGGGCAUGUGGUGAGUGUAUGUUGACUGAUGUGUGUGUUGUCACCGCUUUUCUCUGAAAGUGUAUUAGUUUAUUUUUCUUGCACACCCCAUAAUCUCAAAAUGUCACAGUUGAAACAGUAAAAUUUGUUUGGAUUUUUUAUUUUUAUUUUUUUGGUGGAGGCAGGAUGGUGUCUUUUUUUUCUUAUUUAUUCCUGAAAGUUCAUGAAAUGUUCUAUAUUUUGAAAGGUUGGAAAGCCGCACCAAACUGUGCUCUUAUAAUCUAAUAAGUGUUCCUUUUUUUUCUGUUGGCUGGACAAAGCUACAUUGACGCUGCGUUCCAAGUCAUUUCGUCCACCAUAUGUUCUCCUGUGCUUUCAUUUUAUCCAUGACUUUUAAAAGAGAAUAUUUUCUAUCGAAGUGAGUUGAACUCGGGGGCCUGUGUGUUUCUCUGCAGUUUGUUUUUAGUGCCCCUGUUGCAGCAAUUUGAAAUAAAGUACGUGUUUUUUGAC